AGGAACUAAGACUAUUACGAAUUUUCCAUUGCUUUCCCAACAAUUGACGGCCUAAUCUCAAGUUUCCACUGUAUAUGUUUAUGUUUAUAAUAUAAAAUAUUAUAUAUAUAUAUAUUAAUUCAUUGUCUUAAGAAAGAAAAAAGGGAAAAGAGAAAAACGUCGUAGCGGGUGGCGCACGAUAGUCGUAAAGAGUUGAGGUGGUGUCGUAUAAACCUUCAUAAACAAAACUGUAGUACUUUUAAUACAGUACCUUUUCUCCAGAAAUUUCUUAGCUCACCUCCUCCAAGAUCUGGUCCAUGAUCGGCGCUGUAACAAGAGUAAAAUAGUGAAACAUUGAGGUUUCCAAAUCUGGGAGUGAGUUAGGCUUGAUUGUGGUAUGUGGGCACGCCAACGUGAAACUUCCUCGAUGUACAAGCGUACGACGUCGAGAGAUUAUUCUGAUUCUCUUGAUGUGGAAUCAAGAGAUUAUAUGAAUACUAUGGAGGAAGCUAAAUCUGCUCUUUUACAGGACGAUGUGGGUAUAGAAACUUCAAAUCCUUCAUGGAAGCUUUCUUUUCCACAUGUUGUGGUAGCAACCAUAUCUUCAUUCUUAUUUGGCUAUCAUCUUGGAGUAGUAAAUGAACCACUUGAAAGCAUCUCUGUUGACCUUGGUUUCAGUGGUAAUACAUUGGCAGAAGGUCUGGUGGUGAGUACAUGUUUGGGCGGAGCCUUUAUUGGAUCUUUGUUCAGUGGUUGGAUUGCUGAUGGACUUGGACGUCGUAGAGCAUUUCAGCUGUGUGCACUGCCUAUGAUUAUGGGCGCUGCUAUGAGCGCAACAAGCAAAACCCUUGCCGGCAUGCUUUUAGGAAGGUUAUUUGUUGGGGCUGGUAUGGGUUUGGGACCUCCUGUUGCUGCUCUCUAUGUAACUGAGGUUUCACCUUCUUUUGUAAGGGGCACUUAUGGAAGCUUAAUCCAAAUUGCUACAUGCCUUGGGAUCAUGGGGGCUCUUUUUGUUGGAAUCCCUGUCAAAGAUGUUGCUGGCUGGUGGCGCGUUUGUUUUUGGUUAUCUACAAUUCCAGCAACAAUACUUGCUAUUGCCAUGAUUUUCUGUGCGGAGAGUCCAUCUUGGCUUUACAAGCAAGGAAGAACUGCUGAAGCGGAAGUUGAAUUUGAGAGGCUUUUUGGAGCAUCACAUGUAAAUGUAGCAAUGACAGAGUUGGCCAAGUUGGACAGGGGAGAUGAGGCAGAGUCUGUUAAGAUUUCAGAAUUGCUAUCUGGUCCCCAUUUUAGAGUUGUUUUUAUUGGGUCAACCCUAUUUGCUUUACAACAGCUAUCUGGUAUAAAUGCUGUGUUUUAUUUCUCUUCGGCUGUUUUUAAGAAGGCGGGAGUAUCAUCAAGCCUUGCAAACGUCUUCAUAGGGAUUGUGAACUUAACAGGAUCAGUCAUUGCAACAGCAUUGAUGGAUAAGCUAGGAAGGAAAAUUCUUCUUCAAUGGAGCUUCUUUGGGAUGUCAAUGGCAAUGGCAGUUCAAGUCGCGGCGGCAACUUUGGCGUCAGAGACUGGAUCUUUGUACCUUUCUGUUGGUGGUAUGCUCAUGUUUGUAUUCACAUUUGCUCUAGGCGCUGGUCCAGUUCCUGGUCUUCUCCUCUCAGAAAUAUUUCCAAACCGAAUUCGAGCAAAAGCUAUGGCCUUUUGUAUGUCGGUGCAUUGGGUGAUAAAUUUCUUUGUUGGACUGCUUUUCUUGCGAUUGCUUGAGCAACUUGGGCCGGGACUCUUGUAUUCAAUCUUUGCUACCUUUUGCAUGAUGGCGGUUGUGUUUGUGAAAAGAAACGUGGUGGAAACCAAAGGAAAGUCACUUCAAGAGAUUGAGAUAGCGCUUCUUCCUCAGGAUUAGAGAUUAGAAAAGGAAAAGGCUCAACUGGUGGUGUGGUGCUGGGGAGUACCUAAGUGAUAACUACUCUUAAACGUUGUCAACUUAGCCUAGUAGAAAAUUAUAUACACUUACCAAUCGUCGGUCGAAGCAGGAGUUCCUUUUGAUUCGAUGGAACAAACACAUAGUGAGAGUGGUGCAUAUAUUAGAGAUUAGGCAAGAUUACUUUGUCCAUGGACAAUCUUAGUGAACCCUGUUACAUGACUCACAUUGUCACGUGAGUAUAAAACUGUGGGUUUAAAUUAUCCGAAGUGAUUGCUAUAUGGAAAGACAAUUUGAAAGAGCAUUUACAUGCGUUCUUCUUAAUGAAUUGAGUUAUUUA